AUGGGAUACACCCGUCAGAUCGGCGACGCGUUGGGUGACAUCGGUGAUGGCAAGAAAGGACAAGAGACCCACCGGUUCUGGACCAUCUUCUUCACGGUCUUCUUCUACACUUGGAUGGACAUAACAGUGAAUGUAGUACAGACUCCGCUGUAUCUGAUGAUCUCGGACUUUGCUGGCGAGCGCCAGACACUCGCCUCUUCCCUCGCAUUGGGAUGGUCGUGUCUCGGUUCAAUCUUGGUAUCAGGCUACAUUUACCUGUUUGGUGCGGCUCACCUGACACUUCGAUGGUUUCUGUUCAUGCUGUCGAUCACGAUGAGUGCUUUCGAGGCCAUUGACGACGGAUUCAAGUCACUUCCAGUAGAGUUGCUAAAGUACUGCGCUGUGAUCUUCUGCGUCUCGUAUGGCAAUACCGCUUACAACGGUAACAAGGGUCAGUUCUUUGGUAUCGAGGUAUACGGUGGGAGUGCAAUGGGCGCCAAGACGUGUGCACCCGACUGCACCCAGGCUCAAGACGCAUACAACCGCGGCAGGUUCGGAGCCAAGUGGAUGCUUGUGGUCUCAAUGAUUCCCCAGUCUAUGCUGAUCGUCAUGGCCUACUCCACUAGCGUCCCACUGGACGUGAUAAUUGUGAUCUUCACCUCACUAACUACCACCACUCUGUUCGCACUCAAUGUACCCGUAAUUGUCCAUGUGCUUGGACAUGAAGCGAAUAUCGGGGUCUACGUUGGUGUAUUCAACGCAGCAAACUGCCUCGGUCAACUCAUCAACUUCAUCGUCGGCGCUAGUGUCGUUGGCACCUCCAUGGGCUACAAGCUACCAGUGUUCCUCGGCGGCCUCAUGAGCUUAAUCGGUCUGCUGUUCACUCUUUUCUUCUUCAAAGUGUGCACUCCAUGUAAAUAUUAUAAAUCUAAUAUAAAAAACCACAAUAGCAAAACGAUGCAGUUUUAUAAGUUGACUGGUUUCUAA